GGCGCACUGCAGACCGGGGCGGUAAACACGGAAGAGCCGUUAAGAGCCGUUAAGAGCCUCAGCAGCAGCAGCAGCGGCAGAGACGGUCGUUUAACGGUCGUAGAGACUCCAUGGCAACCAGCAACAGCUCGCUGUAAUCUCUCUGGUAACUAGUGUCCGGAUGUAACAGACUCCCUAAAGUUAAGACUUCGCCCCGGACAGUUCGCGAGGAAACGUAACGAUGGCGUCGACGGUGUAAAGCAGCGGAAGAAGAUGCCUGCCCGGAACGUCGUGUCGGGUAAAGUCGGGUACUCCCGCGUGGCCUCCGAUGAUGACGGCUACAUCGAUUUACAGUUCAAAAGGAGCCCACCCAAAGUCCCGUACAAAGCCAUAGCGCUCGCCACGGUGCUCUUCCUAAUCGGCUCUCUGUUGAUCGUCAUCGGCUCCCUCCUCCUGGCCGGAUACUUCGGGGUCACUCACUCGGAGCCGAUGUUUCCCGCGUCGGACGACAUGACGCCGGCUCCUCUGACGCAGAACUGCUCCAACUGCUCCCAGGUUGCAGUCGCACCGCUCAACGUGGUCAAAGCCGUGGUUCUGGGCCUCGUGCUCGGCGGCUUGAUUUUAUUCGGCAUCGUGGGAAACAUCCUGGUGAUCCUCUCCGUGGUUUGCCAUCGACACCUGCGGACAGUCACGCAUUAUUUCAUCGUGAAUCUGGCCGUGGCCGAUCUGCUCCUGAGCUCCACCGUCCUGCCCUUCUCCGCCAUUUUGGAGAUUGUGGACCGUUGGGUUUUCGGACGGGUUUUUUGCAACGUAUGGGCAGCCGUGGACGUUCUCUGCUGCACCGCGUCCAUCAUGAGCCUCUGCGUGAUCUCGGUGGACCGCUACAUCGGCGUCAGCUACCCGCUGCGCUACCCGACCAUCGUGACGAAGCGCAGGGCGCUGCUGGCCGUCAUGCUGCUCUGGGCGCUGUCCGUCGUCAUCUCCAUCGGACCGUUGUUCGGGUGGAAAGAGCCGGCGCCCGAGGACGAGUCCAUCUGCAAGAUCACGGAGGAGCCGGGCUACGCCAUCUUCUCCGCCGUCGGGUCCUUCUACCUCCCGCUGGCCGUCAUCCUGGCGAUGUACUGCCGGGUGUACGUGGUCGCCCAGCGGGAGAGCCGGGACCUGAGGGAGGGCCACAAGACGGAGAAGUCGGACUCGGAGCGGGUGAUUCUGAGGAUGCACCGCGGCAACGCGACCGUCUCCGAGGACGAGUCGCUACGCAGCCGCACGCACUUCGCCCUGCGACUGCUCAAGUUCUCGCGGGAGAAGAAGGCCGCCAAGACGCUGGGCAUCGUGGUCGGCUGCUUCGUGUUGUGCUGGUUGCCCUUCUUCCUGGCGCUGCCAAUCGGCUCCAUCUUCCCCGCGUACAGACCCUCAGACACCGUCUUCAAGAUCACCUUCUGGCUCGGCUACUUCAACAGCUGCAUCAACCCCAUCAUCUACCCGUGCUCCAACCAGGAGUUCAACAAAGCUUUCCAGAGUCUCCUGGCAGGCCGCUGCCUGAGAAAGACCCCCAGAUCUCAGCACCGGCACCCGGGUCCCCCGCCGGGUCACGGACACACUCUGACUCUGGGAUUGGACGGCAGGACGGGGCCGUCUCGGCUCAGCCCAUCGUCCUCUACAGCGCUGUCCCGGACGCCGUCCUCCAGGGACAGCCGGGAGUGGAGGGGGUCCGUCCCGGCCGAGACGAGCCGGGACAAAGUGGCCAAACUCUGCAGUAAAAGCUUCCACCGAAGCUGCUGCUGCUUCCCUGGCGACGCCGAGCCCCCUCCCGCCGGAAACCUUCCCACCAUCAAGAUCCACCAACUGUCGCUGUCGGACCGAGGCGAGCCCGUAUGACCCGUCCUCCGUUGC